AUGAAGCUCACAGUGCUCUUGACUUCAAUCUCUUUUAUUCUCCCUUCCAUCUCUCACCCGCUUGAAGAGCGAGACGGCCCUCAAACUGUCCACCUAACCUUCCACGGCGGCCCUGCGUCCUACGAGAUGACGAUCCCCGCUGAUGGACAGGUGUAUCCCACCAAUAACGACAUCGCAGUCAACAUCAUCGACGCGCCAGAUUACAACGCCCUCUCCCAGUGCACAUUCUACACAAACGGCGAGAAGGCCCUGGUCGGCGGCAUCACGCCCCAGGGCCUCCAACAGGUCAUCAUCGGACCCCCGCAGCCCGUCACCGGCGUCAGCUGUCUCGGGAUCUGUGUCCCGGUGUACGGGGAGUGCUACGACCUCAAUGAGCAGUAUGUCGGGCCGUGCUGUAACGGCUUCUGCGCGGCGACGCGGUGCAGGCCGUGGAUUCAGCCUUAUUAG